AUGGCCGACGCCAUUUCACUCAGAGAGGACGAUCUCCUCGCUGAAAAGGAUUAUGAAAGGGGACUGGUCCAAAAUGUCCCAAAGCUUCCCGCUUCUCCCAACAGCCGCGAUUGCGGACCAUUAGGGAGCGUGCCGCAGCCAGACGAAGCCCUAAUCAAUGAGCCGACCCCGACCCAGCCAAAGAUAAAAAAGGUGCGAAAAGCCACGCCGCCUCAGCCGGGCAGGAGAAGAAAGAGACGGGGCGGCAAAGCUAGCGCUAACCUGAAAGCCUGGCGGAGAACGCCUAAUUCAUCUCCCAGACACCCGAAUGCGAUGCCCACGGCUCAGGCGCCUGCUUCGGCAGCGGCAGUCUCCCUCCCAACCAUGGUUUGUGAAUCUGAAAUGGCUAUCGUGUCAGGAACCCUGGCAGAUCCCACCAUCACCGAACAUGUUGAUUCAGGGACCGCUAGUGCACCCAGACCCUCAGUGGUUCUGUUUGACCGCGUGGCACUUGAGAGGAUAGCCCUCAAGGGUCAGGGUUAUACCAACGACGUGGUGGAUACAAUCAUUGAGGCCAGACGACCGUCCACAAGACGGUGGAUCUUCUGGAUGUCUGCAAAGCUGCCACGGGGUCCACCCCGUCUACGUUCCUGCGACACUACUCCAUCGAUGUCGACUCCAGGAGCGAUGCAGCUGUGGGGAGAGCAGUAUUGCAGUCAGUGUUCUGGUGAGGAGCCCACACCCUCCUCCAAGAAGGUGAACAUAAAGGAUUACGUAGGAAUGCACGAUUCUUUUGUAGUAACUAUUCCAUUUGUUUCCUCCAAAGCAAUUCCCAAGCCUGGCCUCAUCUCCUGGCUUCAGGAAAGGGAAGCACCAUUUCCUCCAGACUCUGAAGAUGAGGAGCAGUCGGCAGAAGAUGGUAAUCGGAGGGGGCAGGCGUAUCUCCUUAGGAAGGGGGUUUCAGAGUUCCGGUGCCACAAUCAAGAAGACCCUUUCCUGGAUUGCCACCGCCUCAUCUCAGAAGGCAGGGCACUUGAAACGAAGUCUCUGAAGAUGAACAUAAUAGUCAGAACCCACACGGGCCAAAAACCAUGCCAGUGCUCAGAGGGUAGGAAAAGGUUCAAGGGUAACACAAUGUCUACUUUGCAUCAGAGAAUCCAUUCAGACGAAAAACAAUAUAAAUGCUUGGAAUGUGGAAAGCGCUUCCGCAGGCGAGCACACCUCACUGUGCACCAGAGAGUCCACUCCAAAGAGAAACCAUAUGUGUGCUUGAAGUGUGGAAAGAACUUCACUCGCAAUUACGGACUCACUUGCCAUCAGAGAAUCCACACAAAGGAGAAGCCAUAUGUGUGCUUGAAGUGUGGGAAAACCUUCCGUUUGAGCUUAUCCCUCACUUCACACCUGAGAAUACACUCAGGGGAGAAACCGUACCAGUGCACAGUAUGUGGGAAAUGCUUUAGUCAGAGACCACACCUUACUUCUCACCGAAGAAUCCAUUCUGGAGAGAAACCCUAUCAAUGCCAGGAGUGUGGAAAAGGCUUCAGCCAGAGUUCACACCUGAAAGUACACUUAAGAAUGCACACGGGAGAGAAGCCGUAUAAAUGCUUGGAAUGUGGAAAGAGUUUCACUUCUAGCCAUCAUCUUAAAUCACAUGAAAAAAUCCACACAGGGGUGAAGCCAUAUAAAUGCCUGGAUUGUGGGAAAAGCUUCAAUCAGAGCUCAAGCCUUAAAAUACACAAAAGACUCCACACAGGGGAGAAGCCGUAUAAAUGCUUGGAAUGUGGGAAGAGUUACACAAACAUUAAAUCACAUGAAAAAAUCCACACAGGGGAGAAGCCGUAUAAAUGCAUGGAAUGUGGUAGACGCUUCAGUUACAGCUCAGCCCUUACAAUGCAUCAAAGAGUCCACACAGGGGAGAAGCCGUAUAAAUGCAUGGAAUGUGGUAGAAGCUUCAGUUGCAGCUCAGCCCUUACUAUGCAUCAAAGAGUCCACACAAGGGAGAAGCCAUAUGAAUGCAUGGAAUGUGGGAAAAGCUUCACUUCUAGCCAGUACCUUAAAAUACACAAAAGAAUCCACACAGGUCAGCAGCCAUAUAAAUGCCUGGAUUGUGGGAGAAGCUUCAAUCGGAGCUCAAGCCUUAAGCAACAUCAAAGAGUUCACACGGGAGAGAAGCCAUUUAAAUGCAUAGAAUGUGGAAAACGUUUUGGCAGCCGUUCACAACUUACAUCACACAAGAGAACUCACAUGGGAUAA